UUCCGUCACCGGGACGAUAAGCAUCUAGUCUACCAGGCGCUGUUUGUUACUGUGCAGCAGGCCAUGUGCCAGUUGUCAAUAUGAUUUUCUUUCUCUGCAGUUCAUCCCUAGUCAAAACUUGACAGCUAAUGUAAACACAGGUUAUCAGUUGUUUUAUUCCCCGUGCUUAUCUUUCUUCGAUUACUUUCCUACAUAACAACCUCAAAACUGACAAGGACUGUAUAAAAAGCUCAUCUACGGUUUCAGUUAAUUUUAAGGGGAUAUUUUAAAAAUUAUUUUCUCCGAGCUGAGCUGUCGAUAAUCCCAGUACAAUACAUUUUGCUUAUUGCUUUGGUUUCCUUUUUUCCAUCGCAUAAUGCUGCGAAUUUUGACCAUUCUGCUUCUGGCUGCCACUGCGUUUGCGGUGAUACUUCCGGCAUCCAGUAAGAAAAAUAGGGACAAAGCGGAGGAUGCACCAAACAUCUGGGUUCUGAUUGUUGCCGGCUCCAACGGUUAUUACAAUUACCGGCAUCAGUCGGACGCUUGCCAUGCGUACCACAUUAUGGCCAAACACGGCAUUCCGGACUCCAAUAUUGUAGUUAUGCAAUAUGACGAUAUUGCAAAUGACCCUGAAAACCCUACACCGGGUAUCAUCAUCAAUCAUCCGAACGGAUCAGAUGUGUACAAGGGAGCUCUUAAAGAUUACACCGGAGAUACCGUGACCUCGACAAAUUUCCUGAAAAUUCUCCAAGGAGAUGCGGCUGCUAUGAAGGGAAUCGGUUCCGGUAAAGUGAUCAACAGCGGUCCCAAUGAUCACGUUUUCGUGAACUUUGUUGACCAUGGCGCACCCGGAAUUGUGGCCUUCCCGAAUGACGAACUGUCGGCGGUGGAUCUGAAUAACGCCAUUAAGGACAUGCAUAAGCAGAAGAAGUUUGCCAAGAUGGUCCUGUAUUUUGAGGCAUGCGAAUCCGGCUCCAUGUUCGACGGCAUUUUGCCUAACAAUAUUGAUGUUUUUGCCACAACCGCUGCCAAUCCCGACGAGUCAUCCUACGCGUGCUAUUAUGAUGAUUUACGGCAGACAUAUCUCGGAGAUGUCUACAGCGUUAACUGGAUGGAGGAUUCCGAUAAAGAGAAUCUCUCGAAGGAAACCCUGCAGUCUCAAUUCAAAAUCGUUAAAAAAGAGACCAACACGUCGCAUGUGAUGGAAUACGGUGAUCUGACCAUUGCCCAGAUGAAAGUGGGUGAUUUCAUGGGCCACAGCUUUGACGAAGACGCCGUCCAACUGCCAAAGGUCAGCAAAGCCGAUGCGGUGAAAUCCGAGGAUGUCUACCUGACCAUUCUGCGCAAAAAAGCGGAGAAAUCUCAGACACCCGAGGAAUCCGACUACUGGAUGAAGCAGGUCCAUGCUGCCACGGCGAAACGUGGUUUCAUCAAUGGCGUACUGCGCAAGCUGGCCGGCACGGUGGCCAAAAGUUCUUCCCAUGCCCUUGAACUUAUCAACACCCGUCAGUCGAUUGACGACGAAGAAGUGCAUCAGUGUCUGCAUUUAGCUAAUAAAUUUUUCAGCAAGAACUGCUUUUCCUUAGCCAGGAAUGAGUAUGCUUUAUUUACUGCGCCGAGAUUCCUGGCUAAUGCGUGCGCCGACGGAAUUUCGGCUGCGGAACUGAUCAGGGCGAUGAGGAAAACCUGCACUCAUCAAACCAUGCAUGGAAUCAAUUAAUUCGUUCAGAGUUCUUCUUGCUUUGAUGUACUUGCAAUGGAUUGAGUUACUUGAAAAUACUCAUUUUUUGUUGUUCCUGUCGUUUUGUGAUGAUUGCCAGCUGUGGUGCUCAUGUAAUCCAUUUUCGGAUAAAUUUUGUUGCUAUUUAGUAUCAUUCUGGGUUAUGAACGUUUGUAAGAUUGUCACUUUUGUGAAUAUCAUGAAACAGCUUUGAUGGUGUUGCAUGUACCCAAAUAAAGAUUAUUCACACA